UGGAACUCAGCGAAGGUUGUGAUUCCAGGUUGUGUGCACUGCUUCUGGUGAAUUCUUUCAGAGUUGUGAGCACAACAAUUGACCAACACGCAUAUACAUAACAGAUAUACAUAAAUUAUUCACACAGACACACUCACUAAAAUACCACACAGACACACUCACUGGACACACUUCCCAUCACAUAGUUCCUGCUAAGAUGCCGCGUGCCAAGGGCCACAGGCGGGCACUAGCCGCCAGGACAAAGUUGGCAGAGCGGCAGUCAUCGCCCCCCAUGCCUCCUGUGCCCGAGUUCGUCGCUCGGCGCGGCACUGGGUUCCGCCACCGCGUGCGGAGGUGGCCGACUUCGGACCUGACUGGCCGUCAGGUGAAGUUUGUCCCUCCAGCUUUCGCCCCGGAGAAGAAGACUGUCUUCGUCAUCGGCGACUCCCACCUGAGGGGCCUGGUGGAUGGGGACGUCACCUUACCCAAGGUACCUCUCUCUUUUUCUUUUCUGUCUGUUCCAGGUGCAGGUGCAGCUGACUUGAGGAAAGAGGUGGGCCGCCUGGAGUUCCCGUGGACCCCCGAUGUCGUCUGCGUGCUGGCCCCGAGCAACGACCUGGACCGUGGCGAUGCGGCGGUCCAGUUCGGCGCGCUCCUGACCAGAGUCCGCACCCGCUGGCCCAAGGUGUUUGUUCUGGACUUCCCCCCGCGUCUGAACAAACCCGUGGGCCUGCAGGAUCUGCUGCGUCAGGAGCACCACCGCGUCGCAGCACGCAUGGGUCUCCCAUUCGUGGCUGUGACCAGCAGCUUCCUGCUGGAUCGGUUGGAGCUGUGGUGUUAUGACGGCGUGCACCUCAGCGACACAGGUGGCUCGCCCAUCCUGGUGGAGCUGUUGUGCGACGCUGCGCUCACCCUGUUCGCACCCGAUCCCCCUGCACCUCCUUCCCCUGGUCUGAAGGACUGCCUGGAUCCCCGGACGUGGCCCAUGGUUGGACAGGAGGGAGAGAUGGCCUGCAUCACUGCAUCUGCUGUUCUUUGGAGGAAGAUGGCAGAGCGGCAGUCAUGGACCUCCAUGCCUCCUGUCCCCGAGUUGGUCGCUCGUGGCUCGCCCAUCCUGGUGGAGCCUGCGCCUCCUUCCCCUUGGUGGACGUCGCCACAUGCCCUGGUGACGAGGCCAGACCCCCUGCCCCGUCGGCGCCCAGAUCCCCGGAGGUGGACCACGGUUGGACGGGAGGGAAAGGCUGGAACACAGCCGGUGCUACAGUCCCUUCCCAUCCCGUCCAACCCUGUGUGGUUCAGCAGUCCUAUGUUGGAUGCCAUGGAGGAGUUCGCUCCUUCCUCUGACUCCCACUGCACUGCUGUCCCACCACCUGGCCAGGCUUCUCCUGGGAGGUGUCGUCGGAGACCUGUGGCCGUCAAGCGCGCCGGACGGAGGGAGUUCACUCCUUCCUCUGACUCCGACUGCAUUGCUGUCCCACCACCUGGCCAGGCUUCUCCUGGGAUGCGUCGUCGGAGACCUGUGGCUGUCAGCCGCGCCGGACGGAGGGAGCAGGUUGGUGUCACCGUUUCUCCCUUACAUUUUCAGGUGCCUGCGGUCUGUGGGGAGCCAACGGUCAUCAGGGAGGAGCCUGCUGUCCAGGAGGAAACCCAGGUGCCGCUGCAGGUCUCCACAGAUAAGGUUGCUUCUUUUCCUCUACCUAGUGAUAGUGGUACUGUUACUGUUAGUGAACCUCAGUCCGUCUGUGGUCGUGUGGCAAUGGUCGCGAGGGAUUGUCGGGGAAUUAGGUUAACUAAGGUUGUGCGCGGAUCUUUUCACCAGGGGGAUAGCAGGUUUAGUUACGGAGGGAUGCAGUGCAUGGCCAUUGCUGCAAGUAGUAUAGCUAAGCAUGUGGUGAAAAGCGUGUUUUCGUGGGAGACACUGGAGCUCGAUCGCAUUCUGUAUUCCGGCGAUGAAUUUUACAGUAGUUUGCGCAACCUGGGUAUUUUUAGCCAUCCGUCGCAUUUUUUGUCCGUGCCGGAUCUACCUAGUAAUGUAGUUAUUGACGAGCAGUUGUUUAGUUUUCAUUUUAGUCAACACCCAGUAUCUGGUGCUGUGGGUGUUGAGCAGGAAAACGGUCCCUUUGUGACUUUGCGUAAUGGAUUAGAGGGAAUUUUCAGGCAGUACAGCAUGUGUCUGCUGACACUGGUAACGUCUACAUCUGCCAUCAUCUGUGAGGAUGGACAGUUCGCUGUGGUCGACAGUCACUCACGUAGUAGCUGUGGCCUGGUAGAUCACAACGGUACCAGUGUAAUACUGCACUUUUCCUGUUUAGAUGACCUGCAUCACUACAUCUGUUGUUUGGCUGACGCUCUCAGUCCAGGGCCGCAGCCUUUUGAGCUGUGUGGCGUUAGGGUUAGUGUAGGUGCAAGUCCAGCGUUGUCUGGAGCUUCUGUAGAGGGUUGCAUCUUUGAGAUGAACACUGCUGCAGCACCUGAGCUUAAUGACAUCAAAGAUGAUUGUGCCACCACCUCCUUGUUUGAGAGUGAUGCAGGUCAAGCUGUGAGCCACGCACAAUCCGGUGUUUCUGUGGAGAGUGGCUUCAUAGAGAUGAGCACUGCUUCGGCACCGGGAUUUACUGACCUUGAAAAAAAUUCUUCUGCCUCAUCUGUGUGUCAGAGUGGGGCUGGUGUUGAAGCGAGCCCAGCACUGUCUGGUGCUUCUGUUCUCACUUUGUUAAGUGAAGUUAGCAGUGGCUCAACAGCAGAAUUUGUUGCCGCUGAUGGCAAAAAGCGUAAGAUUUUGUCCCGUGAACGCAUGUCUAAACAAUCAAAGCUUUUUGAUAGCGUUAUAGUAAACUCUGAUGUAGUGUUUAUCACUGCAUCAGAGAGUGGGAAAUUUUUUUUCCGUCCCCUCGCUGAUGAUGUUUGUAGGGCUUUGUGUAGUCAAUUACAAGUAGAUUUUAUGAAAGUCGGUGGUCUGGUGCAUAGAGAGGUGGGCUACUUAGGUGUUCCCUGCCUUAGUGAGAAAAUAGUUCCGGAUGGGAACUGCUUUUUCAGAGCUGUUUCUCAGGCUGUCAGUGGUUCACAGAAGAACCAUCGUAAGAUUAGACUGGCUGCCUGUAGAGAGCUAGAAAAUAAUGAGGCUAGGUAUCGGGGUCUUUUGAGGAGCGAGAUGUCGCUUUUAGAAUACAUCAAGCAGUCCAGGAUGAAGUGUGUCAGGACUUGGGCCACAGAGGUUGAAAUCCAGGCCACUGCAGAUUAUUUAGGCAUUGACAUUUUUACAUUUCAUGAUGGUCGUUGGCUAAAGUAUCGUUGCAGCAGUAAGUGUUUGUCAACGGACUGCAUUUACUUGGAUAAUGUUGGGGGCCAGCAUUUUGAGUACGUUGUUUGUGUUUUAAAGCCUGGACUGCAAAGUUGUCAUGGUUAUUGUAAAUUAGGCUGGGAUAUAGGCUGUAGUACUAGGUCUUCAGUGAAAGAUGGAGCGGGGCACCCAUACCGGGAGUCGACCCUAGGCCGCCUGGGUGAUGUCCAGGAGGAAGCCCAGGUGCCGCUGCAGGUCUUCACAGAUAAGGUUGCUUCUUUUCCUCCCCCUAGUGGUAGUGUUAGUGAACCUCAGUCCGUCUGUGGUCGUGUGGCAAUGGUCGCGAGGGAUUGUCGGGGAAUUAGGUUAGCUAAGGUUGUGCGCGGAUCUUUUCACCAGGGGGAUAGCAGGUUUAGUUACGGAGGGAUGCAAUGCAUGGCAAUUGCUGCAAGUAGUAUAGCUAAGCAUGUGGUGAAAAGCGUGUUUUCUUGGGAGACACAGGAUCUCGAUCGCAUCCUGUAUUCCGGCGAUGAAUUUUACAGUAGUAUGCGCAACCUGGGUAUUUUCAGCCAUCCGUCGCAUUUUUUGUCCGUGCCGGAUCUACCUAGUAAUGUAGUUAUUGACGAGCAGUUGUUUAGUUUCCAGUUUAGUCAACACCCAGCAUCAGGUGCUGUGGGUGUUGAGCAGGAAAACGGUCCCUUUGUGACUCUGCGUUAUGGAUUACAGGGAAUUUUCAGGCAGUACAGCACGUGUCUGCUGACACUGGUAACGUCUACAUCUGCCAUCAUCUGUGAGGAUGGACAGUUUGUUGUGAUCGACAGUCACUCACGUAGUAGCUGUGGCCUGGUAGAUCACAAUGGUACCAGUGUAAUACUGCACUUUUCCUGUUUAGAUGACCUGCAUCACUACAUCUGUUGUUUGGCUGACUCUCUCAGUCCAGGGCCGAAGCCUUUUGAGCUGUGUGGUGUUAGGGUUAGUGUAGGUGCAAGUCCAGCGUUGUCUGGAGCUUCUGUAGAGAGUUGCAUCUUUGAGAUGAACACUGCUGCAGCACCUGAGCUUAGUGACAUCAAUGAUGUUUGUGCCACCACCUCCUUGUUUGACAGUGAUGCAGGUCCAGUUGUGAGCCAUGCACAAUCCGGUGUUCCUGUGGAGAGUGGCUUCAUAGAGAUGAGCACUGCUCCGGCACCAGGAUUUAGUGACAUUGAAAAAGAUUUUGCAGCUCCAUCUGUGUGUCAGAGUGGGGCUGGUGUUGAAGUGAGCCCAGCACUGUCUGGCGCUUCUGUUCUCACUUUUUUAAGUGACGUUAGCAGUGGCUCAACAGCAGCAUUUGUUGCCACUGAUGGCAAAAAGCGUACAAUUUUUUCCGGUGAACGCAUGUCAAAACAAUCCAUGCGUUUUGAUAACGUUCCAAUAAACUCUGAUGUAGUGUUUGUCUCUGCAUCUGAGAGUGAGAAACUGUUUUUCCGUCCCCUCGGUGAUGACGUUUGUAAGGCUUUGUGUAGUCAAUUAAAAGUAGAUUUUAUGAAAGUCGGUGGUCUGGUGCAGAGAGAGGUGGGCUACUUGGGUGUUCCCUGCCUUAGUGAGAAAAUAGUUCCGGAUGGGAACUGCUUUUUCAGAGCUGUUUCUCAGGCUGUCAGUGGUUCACAGAAGAACCAUCGUAAGAUUAGACUGGCAGCCUGUAGAGAGCUACAAAAGAAUGAAGCUAAGUAUCGGGGUCUUUUGAAGAGUGAUAUGUCGCUUUUAGAGUACAUCAAGCAGUCCAGGAUGAAGUGUGUCAAGACUUGGGCCACAGAGUUGCAGCAGUAA